AUGCUUCGAGACUUCGCGGUCGAAGCGGGCUUCGCGGUGAAGGUGGAGGACUCUACGCUGUUCACACAGUUGGAGGCGGCUCGAGCGAGACUGCAGGGACAGCUGGUGGUGGGAGAGGGGACACGGGCUGGGGGACCGCUGGAGCAGAGGGGCGAGGCGGGACAGCUGGGCAGCGGGGGACAGUGGGGACAGCAUCAGCUGCGGGGUCAGGUGGCGAGAGGAGCAGGUGGGCAGAGGGGACGGCAGGGGGAGCAGACGGGCCAGGACUGGGAGGGGGGACAGCAGAGGCAGCAGCAGGAGAGCCAGCGGAGGCCGCGGGCCCAGGGCGCCAUGCCUCCUGGUCUGGGCUCGGUGGUGGAGCAGGGGCGGGAGCAGCAGAGAGCGGACGGAGGUACAGGGGGGGCAGCAGGAUCGGGAGGAGAGGACCAGGGAGUGAGAAAGGCAGCAGGGGAUCAAGCAGGGGGGUUGGGAGGGUUGGAGGAGAGUAGAGAGGGGGAGGGGAGAGGACAGGUGGGGGGAGGAGAGGACAAAGGGAGAGAGACGACCGGAGAGGAGGCACCGAGGGACCAGACAGGGCAGCAGCCAGCCCAGCAGCAGAGACCACGGGAGGGGAACGUGCAGCUAAGACGGGCGACCCCCACACAGAUUGGAGUGGCAGCAGCUAGGCGGGUGCAGGAGAAGCUGCGUCACUGGGGGCCGCACUUAGAGGGGUUGCAGCCGGCACCACACUUUUACGCGUGUGUGGCUGAGACCUUUGGCCUUUUGAGCGAGCCGAUACGUCAGUUUAUGGGGCUCUGCGCAAAGAGGAUAGCACAGCGGAGGAGGGACAGGGGAGGGGUGGAUGACGGAUCGGCACGGAUAUUUGAGGCAGGACUCACGACACGCCUCUCCGUGGCAUUGCAGCACGCGCAGGCUCAAUGCAUCAUCCAGCAUGCGGUGCGGCAGUUGGGGGGAUCCGACGACGGGUGGAUGCCCGCACCAGUCCCACUGAGUGCGGGGCAGGGUACAUGGCACCACGUCACAGGUCUCUUUCCCUCCCUCCUCUUCUCUUCCCACCUCCCUCUUUCUUUUCCCUUCUUCUAUCCUUCUCCUCUCUUCCUACCACUCUCUUCUUUUCCCUACAACUUCUUCUUACUCCUUGAUCCUUCCUUCUUCUCCUUUCUUUCCCCUCUUUUCUACAAAAUAUAUACACUGUCCUCAUAG